UCUGUCUAAAUAAUCGUCAACGAACGCGCACACUUCAUUAUUUCGUUGCCCUGUGUUUUUCGUUUACAAACCAAAAAAAGCUCUCCAGACCAGUAGGCUAGAGAGAGAAAGUUGAGGAGGUAGAGAGAGAAGAUGGGUUUUCUAGCGGCAGCUCCAGUGGGUGUGGAUAUGCUGAGCGAAAGGGCGGCCUUGAUGAGAGAGUCACUGCACAAGAGUCAGUGCAUCACAGACAACAUGGUCUCCAUCCUUGGCUCCUUUGACCACCGCCUCUCCGCCCUCGAAACCGCCAUGCGUCCCACUCAGAUUAGAACACAUUCUAUUCGGAUAUCUCACGAGAACAUUGAUAGGACUUUAAAGGCUGCAGAAGUUAUAUUGGCCCAAUUCGAUCUGUCUCGUCAGGCAGAGGCUAAAAUACUUAAAGGGCCACAUGAAGACCUGGAAAGUUAUCUUGAAGCAAUUGAGCAGUUAAGAAGCAACAUUCGAUUUUUUAGCAGCAACAAAAGCUUUAGGAGUAGUGAUGGGGUGGUCAACAAUGCCAAUAGUUUACUUGCUAAGGCUAUUUCAAAGUUGGAAGAGGAGUUCAAGCAACUCUUGGCAUCUUACAGCAAACCCGUGGAACCUGAUCGUCUUUUUGAGUGUCUCCCAAAUGCACUACGACCGUCAUCAGGAUCGCCACUGAACCAGGGUGACUCUGGAAUCAAGAGUAAUCAUUCUGAGCACCACAAUAGUAGCUUGGAAAAUGCUGUUUAUACACCUCCAACUCUCAUACCACCAAGAAUUUUGCCAUUGCUGCAUGAUUUAGCACAACAGAUGGUUCAAGCUAGUCACCAACAGCAGUUACUGAAAAUAUACAGGGAUACCCGUUCUUCAGUUCUGGAAGAAAGCCUUCGCAAAUUGGGGGUUGAAAAACUUAGUAAAGAUGAUGUUCAGAAGAUGCAGUGGGAGGUUUUGGAGGCUAAGAUUGGGAAUUGGAUCCAUUUCAUGCGGAUUGCAGUCAAACUGCUGUUUGCUGGAGAGCGAAAAGUCUGUGAUCAAAUGUUUGAAGGCGUUGAUUCUCUCGGUGAUCAAUGUUUUGCUGAAGUGACUGCUAGUAGUGUUGCAGUGCUACUUAGUUUUGGAGAUGCGAUUGCCAAAAGCAAGAGAUCACCUGAAAAGUUGUUUGUGCUUUUAGACAUGUAUGAGAUUAUGCGUGAGCUUCACUCAGAGAUUGAAAUACUUUUCAAGGGUAAAGCUUGCAAUGAAAUUAGAGAAUCUGCAUUUGGUUUGACAAAGCGGCUCGCCCAGACAGCCCAAGAGACCUUUGGUGAUUUUGAAGAAGCAGUUGAAAAAGAUGCAACAAAAACUGCUGUGUUGGAUGGAACUGUCCAUCCAUUGACAAGCUAUGUGAUUAACUAUGUGAAGUUUCUGUUUGAUUAUCAAUCAACCUUGAAGCAACUUUUCCAAGAAUUUGAAAAUGGGGAAGAAACAAAUUCUCAGUUGGCCUCCGUGACAAUGCGUAUAAUGCAGGCUCUUCAAACCAAUUUGGAUGGGAAAUCCAAGCAGUAUAGAGAUCCUGCUCUUACCCACUUGUUUCUUAUGAACAAUAUUCACUAUAUGGUCAGAUCUGUACGCAGGUCCGAAGCCAAGGACUUGUUAGGGGAUGAUUGGGUGCAGAGACACCGCAGAAUUGUGCAGCAACAUGCAAAUCAGUAUAAGAGGAUUGCUUGGCACAAGAUUCUGCAGGUUCUCACUGUUCAGGGUCUGACCUCGUCCGGGGGUGCUGGUAGUUCAGUUGGUGUUGACGGAGGAAAUAGCAGUGGAGUUUCAAGAGCUCUCAUUAAGGACAGGUUGAAGACCUUCAAUAUGCAGUUUGAGGAGUUUCAUCAAAGACAAUCUCAAUGGACUGUUCCUGACAGUGAGUUGCGAGAGUCUCUUAGGCUUGCAGUUGCUGAAGUCUUGUUGCCAGCAUACAGAAAUUUCAUUAAACGAUUUGGGUCUCUGGUUGAGAAUGGUAAGAACCCCCAGAAGUACAUCAGAUACACCGCCGAGGAUCUUGACCGAAUGCUUGGUGAAUUUUUUGAGGGGAAGACCUUGAAUGAACCCAAGCGAUAGUAUUGUGGCCCUCUUUUACGAAGAAACGGAAGGUAAUUUGAGAGAAUAAAAGGAAAAAAAAAAAAAAAAAAACUUGACCCGUGAUGCUGUUGAUGCAUUUGUCUGUCACUACCUUAGUUUAGGGAGGUUGAUGGUUACCCUUCUGCGUGCUUUCUUCACUGUGCAGCGGUGAUACCCUUGCUAGGCGGUAAUGAGAUGGGGGUGUGUGCAUUUCUCUCUAGAGGUUACUGGGGAAAAGGGUAAAACCGUAAAAUAAAACAGAAAAAAGAAACUGUGAAUAAAAAGAUUAUCAUCUUUUGCAUCCUUAGGUAAUUUUACUAGCAUCUAUCUUGUUUGAUGUGGUUUAGCACUUCUGGAUUUGUUGUUUUUUUCUCAUUUGUUCUCUGUAUAGAUGGUACUUUCUCAUUUCCUAGUUUUUAUCUGAAAAGUGAGAAUUUUAUUGCAA